UAACCGUCUACCGUUCUGAAUAAUAACAAUGAAUUUAUGCUCUUUAUUGCAAGUCAAAUCAAGGCCUUAUAUCGUUAUGUCAGGAAAUCAUUAGCAAUUACCAUUGAAUAUUAUAUUUUGUGCUCGGGAAACGUGCUAAUACGUAACAGAAAUCUACAACCCUAUAUCUUCUGUUCGUCCCGCUAAUUCGAUAAUAAAUGUUCAAAACGCUCGCAAAAGAAAACCACACAUGGAUGUCUGAUUAGUGACUAAUCUACAAAUUUUAACUCCUCCUGCUGGUCGGAUUUUCUCACUACGCUAUCGCGGAAAAUCCCAUAUAUUCGACAAGUUAAAUACAACUAAUCGAAUUCUCAACAUUUUUGUUUAUCACUGAUUGGAAUAUCUAAUGAUGGGGAGGAACGUAUAAUUGAACAAUAAUUAUUGUUGGACGUAACGCUGAGGCAAUUUGUUUUGAUUUUCCAACGUUUGGCGACCGCAUAGAUUUUAUAAAAUGUGUGACACUCAGAAUGAGAUUUAUCUGUUGUACUUGUGCCAAGUACCGCUAUGGUGAAUGUUCGGACUGAUUUGUUUUGUUGACAGAACCUUCACAAAGAAGGAAAUCUAACACAACACGAAGAAAUCGAUUAUUUGAGUGCGGUACAAACAUGGACUUGGAUGAUAUGCUGGAAGAAAUAGGGGAGUUCGGCAGAUUUCAAAUAACGAUUUAUGGAUUGGUGUGUUUGCCAGUCUUAUUUGCUGCUGCUAAUAGUUUGAGCUAUGUGUUCACGGCUGGCGUGCCUAAUUACAGGUGUUACAUACCAGAAUGCGAAGAUCUGCAUAGUACAUCUUAUGACACUCCAUGGAUGAAAUGGGCCAUACCUCCUGACACCAAUGCAAACCAAGAUAGUUUUAAACCUAGUACCUGUAUCAGGUACGUACCUAAAAGUACUACGCCAUCCAAUGCGACCUGCUCUGCUUCUAUCUUCACAAAUUCAACAGAGAAAUGUUCAGAAUGGAUUUUCUCCAGCGAUGAACGGACCAUAGUGAAUGAUUGGAAGAUAACUUGCAUUGAAAACCAGUGGAAAUUGUCCCUUGUUGGCUCUUGUCAUUUUGCUGGUAUUAUUGUUGGAUCGGCUCUGUUCGGCGUUUUAGCAGAUAGGUUUGGAAGAAAAUUAGUAUUCAUAUUUUGUAUCAUGUUGAUGGGGAUAUCAGGAAUGGCUCAAACUAUCUGUCCAGAAUACGUUACUUUUGAUAUCAUGAUUUUCGUUAACGCUAUGGGCACAGCUGGAGUGUAUCCUCUAGCUUUUAUAAUAGGGGUUGAAAUGGUUGGAAAGAGAAGGAGGGAGCUCACAGGAAUCGUCCUCAACUAUUUUUAUGCUAUCGGCGAAGCUUUGGUAGCUUUAAUAUCUUGGCUCACAAGAGACUGGGUAAUGCUCCAACUCAUCAUAUCAGCGCCUGCCCUUUUAUUUUUUGUUUAUUAUUGGAUGAUACCUGAGUCGGUGAGGUGGCUCUUGGCCAACCAAAAGCGGAGAAAGGCGAAACACAUAAUUUGCAAAGUAGCUAAAAAAAAUAAAGUUAUAUUAUCAGAUCUCGUACUAGACACAUUCAAAGAGGAAUCUUCCUUGACGGGGAUAGAAGAUGAUACUAGAAUAAUCCCUGUUGUGAAAGAAAUGAUUGAAUCGAACAAAUUGAUCAUCAGAUUCGCGAUAAUUUAUUUCAUAUGGGCUGUUAACGCAUUUGUAUACUAUGGGCUCUCUGUAAACUCAACCAGCAUGAGUGGAGAUAAAUAUUUAAACUUCGCACUAGUGAGUUUGAUAGAAAUACCAGGUUAUACUUUAGCAUGGGUCAGCAUAAGGCAUUGUGGGAGGAGAUUUUCUUUGGUUGGUUCACUUCUGCUUUGUGGAUUGACUUGCGGCUUGACAAUUUGGAUACCACCAGAUUUGGCUUGGGCAUCGAUGUCACUAUUUUUAUUAGGGAAAUUAGGAAUAACAAGUGCUUUUGGUAUAGCAUAUGUAUACACUGCUGAAUUACUUCCCACAGCUGUCAGAAGUGGAGGAGUUGGCUCAGCUUCAACAGUGGCAAGAGUAGGGGCACUACUUGCACCUUUCGUUCCACUUUUGGGUAUCUAUAUGAAAUCUUUACCAUCAAUUUUAUUUGCAUCAGUUGCCAUAACGGCUGGAUUUUUAGCUUUAAAACUACCAGAAACUCUAGGAAGGAAAUUACCAGAAACUGCCAAAGAAGCAACAAUCAUAUGAAAUUAUUUCUAUUAUAGAAAUUCGUCAUAAUGUGAUACCCUGAAAUAAUACUAAAUUUAUUAAUUUUUGUAUAAAACUGAUUUUAUAUGAAAACUCAAAACACUAUAUUUUCAAAAUAAAAAAAAUAUAUUCAAACAUUGAAAUUAUAUCAAUGAACAAUAAUUUGAUCAAAUUUUUUGAUAGUUCCUAUGUUUCGAAAGUGUAUAUUUCAGAACUAACUGUGAUACUGUAACUUCAAACAGGAUUUUUUAUAUAUCUUUCAUCUCAUUUUGAGUUCCCUAGUUCCCAAUUAUUUUACCAAUGAAUGGAAUAUUUGAAAUAGAUUUAGACAAUCCUAAAAAAGUUUUCUGAUACUCUAUAUCUUUGUAUUAGAAGUUUUGAAAUAAAAAACUAUAUACACAAA